AAGAGAAAGGCGAAAGAAAAAUAUAAAAACAAUUCAUACCGAGUUAUUAUUAUUUCCAGAAAAUAAACAUGUCUGUUGACUGGUUCGGUUAUGUUUACGCCGCCACAGUUGGCGCUGGCGGUAUAAUGGGCUAUGCCAAAGCCGGGUCGGUACCUUCACUUGGAGCUGGUCUUGCAUUUGGCGCAUUGCUAGCCUAUGGUGCUCAUCUUAACUCCCAAGAUCCGCCACGUCCAAUGCUGCAGUUGGGCACAUCGCUCUUUUUAGCUGGACUUAUGGGUGCACGCUGGAAUCGUUCCGGCAAAAUGAUGCCUGCCGGAAUGGUCUGCAUGCUAUCUAUUGGGGCUUUGGUGAAAAAUUUGGUUUCAUAUAACCGUUAUUUGCCGGUGCCCACAAGGGGGCCAUAGGUUAAACAAAAGUAAAGGAUUGGAUGAAUAGCUGCUUGCCUUGCCUUGGUGUGUUUAAUUCUAAUAUCUUAUGUAUGCAUGACUAAAAGUGAAUAAAUGGUGUUUGGAUUUAUUUUAUA